GUAAGAUACGCCAUCACACAUAUCUCGAUAUUCGAAUCCUUAUGCCUGGGAAAAGAUCUCGACAAGGGUGUGAAGAGUGCCGAAAGAGGCGCAGAAAGUGUGACGAAAGUAAACCGACUUGUGGGCAGUGCUUCGCUUUCAAACGGUCAUGCCACUACACGCUGAAGCUUGUCUGGGGCGGUCGGAAGUUCAAAAAGUCAUGCUUUGGCGUGUGUUUGAAUUCUUCGGGGGAUUCGGCUGAAAGAAUAGAUGGUGACAACGGCGGGUUCGUCUACGGCACAAAGGUCCCGGAUGGAUUGGCUUUAAUACCUCAAAGCCUGCCGAAUGGUAUGCAUAUGCCACAGAGAUAUCGAAGGCUAUUGGACUACUUUACCAAGGAUAUUCUCCCAUCCUUGUCGUGCCACCCGUCCAUAAAUGAGGAUCUCUGCAAAGGUCUCCUUCCGGCCAUGCUCCAAUCGCCUCUUUUGCUUUCAGCAGGCCUCGCCUUAUCGGCCGCGGGUUUUUCGUCAAGAGGCCUGACUGAAGUCGACGGCGUUGACAUCUUCCGGGUGAUAGAACACCUGCAAAGUUCUGGUCUGUCUCUGUUGAGGACGGCCUUGGCGAAUGGACAGAUGGAUGAGAUUGUCUUGGUAACCUGCCUCGUCUGGUGCCUCGCAGACGUUUUUGCUGGCCGACAAGAGAUUUCUUCCUGGCGAAUCCACCUACAAGGCGUCAAGGCCAUUCUCGGUGGCGACCAUGCGUAUCAACAAUUCGUUACAAAUCCAGGACCUGUCCAAUCCGCCAUGAAACAUCUGUAUCUUUUAUAUCUUUCCCUUCAAACGCUUCCUCAUCUACCGUCGUUGCAAAUUUCCGACCAUUCAACAGUGAGUGUGGCUACAUCCGAGUCUCUCGGACAGAUCGAUGGUUUCCUAGGGUACAGUGAGGAAGUUUUGGAGAUUUUGCAACAAAUCAAUCAGCUACCUAGCUCCGGCGAAACCACGCAUUUUGAAGCCGACGUUCUUCUUGGCAAGGUCAAAGGAAUGAUUAGCCGAGACGCCAAGGCUCCACCAAACGUUUCAAUCUCAUCAGUUCUCACGCCGGAAUCUGGGCGCGACUUUGCACUCUGCCACAAGACCUUUCAACAGGCCACGCUAAUCCACCUGUACCGACGGCUGUACAAUAUGCCUUCUGGAUCACAAGCCAUUCAAUCUGCCGUCGAGGCAAUGAAUGAAAUGAUAAGCAACAUGACCCAGGGGCAGCCUUGCAACACGUGGGUAGCAAUGGCCAUGCCUGUAUUCACCAUUGGAUGCGAGGCUUUUACUGCCGAUCAAAAAACAUUUGUCCUUGAUAAAGUCGACAAACUCGAAGUGUGCCUUGGCUCACUCCACGUGAGAAUCCUCCGGCAAGCCCUUGAGGAUAUUUGGAAACUCAGAACAGAAUGGCAAGAUUUCGAAGGGAAACUGUGCGCCAGCGAACUACUCAAAGAAUUGCAGUACAAUAUUAUUCUAUUUUAGUUUGUAGUUCAGCCGACUCAUCUGCACGACUCAUGAGUAGGAGCUGUUUGAUCGUGGGAUGUUGCAAUAGCCUGUAUUGAGCGUAUUUAUGACUAAUGAACAUUGCUGGGCUCUCACAGCUCACCAUCUGCCUCCAGCCUCUUGCUAAGAGGUCCGUUCUUGACCAUGAUGCUCAUGACUUCGAAGAGAACAUCGGCUGCUGCCAUGGUGGUGUGUUCGGCGUUGGUGUCGUAUGCGGGCUGGAUGCGUUAGAGACGAAUGUGAGGAGGACGUGACACUUACUGCAACUUCCACAAUAUCCGCGG